CCGGCCCCGCUCCGCCCUCGGAGUCCGAUGGCGGCGGCCGCGCGGAGGGAGCCGGCUCAGGACAGUAUGACCUUUGAAGACGUUGCUGUGUACUUCUCCUGGGAGGAAUGGAGGCUCCUUGAUGAAGCUCAGAGGCACUUGUACCUCGAAGUGAUGCUGGAGAACUUUGCACUCGUAUCCUCGCUGGGUUGCUGGAGUAGAGCAGAGGAUGCGGAGGCACCCUUUGAACACAGCAUUUCUGUAGAUGUGUCACAGUCCAGGACUCUCAAGGCAUGUCUGACUUUGCAUAAUAUCCACCGUUGUGACUCUUAUAGUCUGGUCUUGAGAGAUAUUUUGCACUUGGCUGAGCACCAAGGAACACAACAGAGUCAGAAGAUGUUCGGGUGUGAGGCGUGUACAAAACUAUUUCAUUUCAGUGCAAACCUCCAAAAACACCAGAAGCAGCACAUCAGAGAGAAGCCCUUCAGAAGCAGUAUGGACAGGGCCUUGCUUGUGAAGAGCUGUGGAUUCCUUAUGUCACAGAGGCCCUUUACCCAUGAGGAAGUGGAGAACCACUUCCUGGCCACCCCUGGAUGUCUCCACCAGUAUGCCACUUACACCAGGGAGAAGCCAAACAAAAUCACCCAGUGCAGGGCCACUUUACAAGGCAGAAAACAUCGUUUUAUCUGGGGAAGAUGUAAGAAACCCUUCAGUCCCAAACACACACUUUGUCAGGACCAGGGUGUCCACACUGGAAGACAGUGUUUUGUGUGCCAUGAAUGUGGAAAAGCAUUCAGGUACAGAUCCUCAUUUGUUGUGCAACAGAGAAUCGACACUGGAAGAAGGCUUCAUGUGUGGGGAGAAUGCAGCAAAUCUUUUAGGCAAGCCUCAGCCUUCAGUCAGCAUCGAAGAAUUCAUUCUGGGGCAAGGCAGUGCAAGUGCAGCAAAUGUGGACGAUCCUUUAACCAAAAAUCUAUCCUCAUGUAUCCCUGGAGAAGUCACACUGGAGAAAGUUGUUACUUGUGCUGUGAAUGUGCGCAGUCUUUUCACCCUAGAUCUGUCCUUAUUCGACAACGAACAGUUCACACAGAAAGAAGGCAUUAUGAGUGCACUCUGUGUGGGAAAUCUUUUCGACGAAAAUUUUACCUCACUGUACACUGGAGAGUUCACACUGGAAAAAAUGCUCAUGGAUGCAGUGAUUGUGGGAAGUCUUUUGGCAACAGCUCAGUACUCAUUCUCCAUCAGAGAGUACAUAUGGGAGAAAGGCCUUUUCAGUGCAGAAAAUGUGGGAAAUCUUUUACCAACAGCUCAAUACUCAUUCUACACCAGAGAGUACACACAGGAAAAAGGCCUCAUGAGUGCAGUGAAUGUUGGAAAUCUUUUAGCCAUCCAUCUUACCUCACUCAACACCAGAGAGUACAUAGUGAAAAAAGGUCUUAUGAAUGUAGUGAAUGUGGGAAAUCUUUUAUCACUUGUUCUGGCCUCCAUUGUCAUCAGAGAAUUCACACUGGAAAAAGACCUUAUGAAUGUAGUGAAGGUAGGAAGUGUUUUAUCUCUAGCUCCCAACUCCGUUAUCAUCAGAGAGUUCACACUGGAGAAAGGCCUUAUCAGUGCAGUGAAUGUGGGAAAUCUUUUUCAUCUGGUUCCAACCUCAGUAUUCAUCAGCGAGUUCACACAGGAGAAAGGCCUUAUGCGUGCAAUGAAUGUGGGAAAUACUUUAUCCAAAGAUGUCAUCUUGUUAGACACCAGCGAGUUCACACAGGAGAUAGGCCUUAUGAGUGCAGUGAAUGUGGGAAAUCUUUCACCACUAGGGGGAUCCUUCGUUAUCAUCAUGAGAAAGUUCACAGAGAAGAAAGGCCUUAUGAGUGCAAUGAACUUGGGAAAUCUUUUCCAUCUAGUUCCAAUCUCAGUAAUCAUCCGAGAGUUCGCACAGGAGAGAGGCCUUAUGAGUGCAAUGAAUGUGGGAAAUCUUUUAUCCAAAAAUCCAGUCUUGUCGUACACCAGAGAGUUCACACAGGAGAGAGGCCAUACGAGUGCAGUGAAUGUGGGAAAUCUUUCACCAUUAGGAGCACCCUUCGUCAUCAUCAGAGAGUUCACACUGGAGAAAGGCCUUAUGAGUGCAGUGAAUGUGGAAAAUCCUUUAGAGGAUAUUCUCAUCUCAUUCAACACUGGAGAGUUCACACUGGGGAAAAGCCUUAUAGAUGUAGUGAAUGUGGGAAAUCUUAUUCCAAUAGCUCGACGCUUAUUCGACACUGGAGAAUUCACACAGGAGAAAGGCCUUAUAAGUGCAGUGAAUGUGGGAAAUCCUUCAGGAAUAGUUCACAUUUCAAUGACCAUCAGCGAGUUCACACUGGAGAAAGGGAUUAUGAAUGCACUGAAUGUGGGAAAUCAUUUAGGGAUUGUUCCCAACUCAAAAAGCACUGGAGAGUUCACACUGGAGAAAGGCCUUUUGAGUGUAGUGAAUGUGGGAAAUCAUAUACCAAUAGCUCAACACUUACUCAACACCGGAGAAUUCACACAGGAGAAAGGCCUUAUAAGUGCAGUGAAUGUGGGAAAUCUUUCAUGAGUAGUUCACAUUGCAAUAAACACCAGAGAGUUCACACUGGAGAGAGGCCUUAUGAGUGCAGUGAAUGUGGGAAAUCAUUUAGGGAUAGUUCCCAACUUAGUAAACACCAGAAAGUCCACACUGGGUCAAGGCCUUAUGAGUAG